AAAUACCCACAAGCUGGCGAAGACCACCGCGUCCAAACGACCAAGGACUUCAAUGACAUCGAGAAGCGGGUCGGCGCCAUUGUCAACUUCGUCGACUACAAUGCUGGAAGCAUCAUCUCCAAGAUUGCGAAAGACCUCUCUUCUCCAGCCGCGCUCUAUGAACUGCGUCUCUUGCCUAGAUUGUACGAGUAGCUGGAUAUCUUCCUAUUUGGAUUUUGCGGUUUCAUAUGUGUAGCGACGACUAAUACGAACUCUACAGCGACUACUACGCGGCCUGUUAUGGCUAUGACGUCAACAAAGAGUGCUUCGACAUGAUACGCGGGAAGAUCAAACGCUACCAGCGCCAGUAUGCGCAUGAGCUGGCUUUGAGCGGCGAGGUGGAUGCCGUCGUCAUCUGGCACUGCCCGAAGGUCCCGAUAGUUCCAAUCUUGGUCCCGCUAGAGGAGCGCCCCAUCUUGGAGGAAGCCCACGCCAGCCACUACAAGUACAUGGACUGGGACCUCAUGCACGCCGACGAGAAAGAGGAAGGCGAUGACACAGUUAAGGUGCAGCCCGGAGAGGUGCGCAAGCCGAAGAGGAGGGACAAGAGUAUCCCUCUUCCGCAACCGGAACGCCUAGGUGGCUUCUAUGCCCGCGUGUCCCUUGAGCUUUUCGGGAAACUCCGAAAUCUUUCGCCUCGCUGGGGUAUCACUGUCAAGAUUGUUGUCGCCCCAAAUUUCAUGACACAGGAGGAAGAGAAAGAAAUGGAGGAGUACCACGCAGCACGGCGUGAGGUCGAGAUGGAAAUCGACGUCCGCGAGGCUGCCAAUAGAGAGAAAGAGGAAAUGGAAGCUCGAAUCAUCGCAGAGAAAGAGCAUAAAGAGCGCAGAAUGGCGACGUAUGCGCGCGCAAUCGACCCCGAGGCUGGUGUCGAGCGGUACCGGAAGGUGAACGUCCACAUUACGCAAGGUGCUUUGUGGAACAGCUACGACCAGCCUAGCACUCUAAAUGACGAGGUUGCUCCGCUACCGUGUACAUGCCUACAUAGGGCCGCUGGGAUUUAGUCUUGGGCUUUGAGGGGCUGGACGCACUGCUUUAGCAGACUACGGAAUGGUUUUUGGGUCAAGUGCAUAGCCUAUGGAAGGGCUUGCAGAUCGUAUACCCAAGGGUAGCUUAACGGAGUCCUUGAGACUUAACUUACAUAGCAACGGAUUGUCCGUCAUGCAAUAGGGUUCAGGAAGGGACUCAUUCAAC